AUGUUUGCCAAGACUACUCUCAUGAGCGCGAUGCUCAGCGCUGCGUCUGCCGAGAUGAUCUGGGACGGUCGCUUCAACGACUAUGCCUCCUCUGCCGACAUCGCCAAGUGGUCCUUCUCCAACCCCGUCGGCGCCUACCAGUACUACAUCCACGGCUCCGGCGCCGUGGCCGACUACGUCAACCUUGACACCACCUUCAAGAACCCCGCCGACACUGCUUCCAAGCAGGGUGUCAAGAUCACCAUUGACGAGACCGCGAAAUGGAACGGCCAGACCAUGCUGCGCACCGAACUCAUCCCCGAGACCAAGGCAGCCAUCAACAAGGGCAAGGUCUACUACCACUUCUCCAUCAAGACUGCUGCCGAGAACGCCCCGACGGCCACCAACGAACACCAGAUCGCUUUCUUCGAGUCUCAUUUCACUGAGCUCAAGUACGGCGCUUCGGGCUCGUCCAACACCAACCUUCAAUGGCACGUUGGAGGUGUCUCCAAGUGGGACGUUGAGCUCGUUGCCGACGAGUGGCACAACGUUGCCUACGAGAUCGACUUCGAUGCCGGCUCCGUCGCCUUCUGGCACUCGACCGGCAGCGAUGAGUUGAAGCAGACGGCCGGACCCUUCGAUGCGAGCACCUCUUCCGACGGUAAGGACUGGCAUCUUGGUGUUCUGAGGCUGCCCGGUCAGGCCGACAAGGACGGUGCUGAGGAUUGGUUCUUCAGCGGUGUAUACAUUGAGGACGGAGAGCUUACCACCAAGAUUGGUGGUGGAGCUGCGGGUGCGGCUCCCGAGAAGCCUGUCCCCACUACCAUGUCCAAGGUUGUUUCUUCUGCUGCGCCUGCUGCUACUUCCUCCAAGGCGGCUGCUAGCUCAUCCGUCGCUGCCGCCGAGACUCCUGCUGCUUCUUCGAGCGCCGUAGUCUCUUCAUCCGCUGCUGCUGCUUCUUCGGUUGCUGCCCCAAUCAAGACCCCGGCUGCGUCCUCUUCUGCCGCCGCUACUAGCGCUGCUCCUGUUGAGACUCCUGUCGCCUCUUCUACCUCAUCUGCCGCUCCCGUAGCUAAGCCCACUGGCAGCGCUGGCUCUGACGCUGUUCUCCCCGAGGAGUUCACCAUCGCCCAGUUCGUCGCUUGGCUCAAGGCCAAGACUGGCAAGAACUAA